UCGAGGUGGAGGUUCUUCUGGAAGUUGCUCACGUUGCUGCGAUUAGCUACGUUCAAGAGCAACUUGUUCCAGCUUAAUCAGGUUGAAAUAUCUCCAGCAACAUGUAUCGUAUUGCUGCCUCAUGUGCGGUUCUCUUAGUGCUUCCGUAUGUGAUCCAUGCAAACAUCAUUGACAGUUCCAGAGGUGGAUGCGACACCUUGGACCGAGACUUGGAGUUCAAGCUAAACCAGCUUUUAAGUCGUCUUCCGAGAACUUACACCGAUACUCACUUUGGCGGUACCAAAAUUGGGAACGAUCUGCUUAUCCUGGGCAACGCUACCAUCACCCACCUGAAUCGACUCGAACCGUCCAACAAAUACCAAGUCUUCUGUACAAAGAACGAGAAGCGAAUUAUUGCAAACCUUCGUUCCGAUUUCCUUGAGAUUUCCUAUCCCUGGAGGUUUUGCUCUGGAGACAAAGGUCUUAUUUCCACGGAGAGCCCCCUGGUGGGCCUAGAAGUUGUAUUUCUUGUCAGGGAGGCGGACCAAGGUAAAACAUUGAUGGUAUCGAGGGUUACGCCUUUAAUACUGGAAGGGAUCUUAGUGCAUUUCAUUGGUGCAGGCAUGAUACCGGCCACAAUCUUUAGUAUGGCUGGUCAUUUAUUCCCGGGACCUUUCAGGUACUACUGGGCGAUGGUCAUGCCAGAGUUCGUAAAGAGAGCUCCUAUGGAUACCCUCGCUCAGAUGCAGUAGGUUCUCAUUGUAAGCCACCGAGAGCAGGAAUAUAUAUACUGCUGCAUAUUCAAAGUAAGAAUAGUGCAAGUCUGAAAAAGUGUGCGAGCUCUCGCGAGGCAGUAAUUUCUAUGUUGUAUUCAAGGCCGUUCUUCUCAUCAGGGGGUGUUUUUUUGUACUUUUUUGCGUGUGCAUAAUGGCGUCAUAUAUUAGAAGUUUUAUACCCGGCUAUGCAGCACGUGUCAAAGUAUGUCUAUUAAAACACAUGUUUUUUUGUCGAAAUAAAAUAACUUUUUUUCGCUAAACA